AAGUCGUCGCUGGGUGCGCGGCCAUGUCCGCCUCGCUGUUGCGGCGGGGCUUGGAGCUGCUGGAGGCGCCGGGCCGCAGAAAGGCGCCGGGGGUGCCGCAGCGGAGGCCGGGGGGCCCCCGGGCGGCGGGCGCUGCCAGGCGGAGGAAAGCGGCGCCGGGCCUCGGGAGGAGCAAGGCCACGGUCAAAGGCAAGGCCGUGAAGUCGGCCAUAGAGGAAUAUUGCAAGACGAGAGCUGUGGAUCACUCGAGAACAAAUCUGCAGUACAUGACAAAGGGACGAUUUGUUGCAGACAAAGCUGUUACGCAACAAGUUCUUACCCAAAACAGAGGCAGAAAGUCCAAAGAUCAACCUCCAGAAAAGAAGGCAAAGAAGAAGUCUGAAGGCACUGUCUUCACUGAAGAGGAUUUCCGUAAAUUUGAGAGAGAAUAUUUUGGGACAGUGUAAAAAGUGUCAGGGAUUCUUGCAACUCCAGUCUUUCUGCAGCUUAGCGUUCAGAACAUAGGACUGGCCAUGUCCUCAACUUGUUUGAGAUGGAACGUAGGAGAUGUUAAGAUACUUGCUGCAUCUGUGCAGAAUGUAUUACUUGCUAGCUAGAGCCAAGGAGGUUUUCUUGACUUUGAGAUGUGUUGUCUUUAUAAUUACCCAUUUCCAGCUAAGGUGGCUCUUGCCUUCUUGGUGUAGAAUGAGUGGGCCAAGCCAAGUAUAAAUCUUGUUCUCUUCCUCAGGAUGCGAGGCUUCUGCUACCUUUACUAUUUGGCAAGGAGCAUUUAAGGUACUGUAUCUCAAUGGAGGAAGUGUUUUGGACUGCAGAAAUAAAUAAUCAGACUUUGUAUAAAGACUUUGUAUAAAAGCAGGAGUUAAACCUGAGGAGUCCUGCAGUUUCUGUUCUUAUUACACCUUCUGCCAGGCUUUUCUGUCAUUGCAAAACGUUUGUAUAUGUUGUGUGAUUAAAUAAUGACUCUUGUAAA